AGCAGAAACCUCUUCAGUAGAGAUUGCGCAUUCGUUUGCUUCAGACGUAACCGUGUCGUGAGUGGAUUGCACCAGGAGUUAAGUGUUUUGAUUCUGCUCUCGUGGGUUGUUAGUUGGUUAUUCAAAUUUGAUUACUGACGAAACGGAGCGCUUGUAAUAUUAAUACUUGAAAAUAAAGACUGGAAAAUGGUGAUUAUAAGUUCGACACCGCCGUCACACGACGCGGACACUGUACCAACCAAAUCACGUGUAAAUAUAGACUGGGAUAUAAAUGAUUCUAUUGUCCCAAUUGUGAGUGAAUUUGAUGAUUUUUGUGAAUGGGCCAACGGCCAUUGUCGUUUAGUGUACUCAAGUUCAAAUGAGGAUGCUAAGAAACAUGCUUCCGGCUGGGCUAUGCGCAACACUAAUAACCACAAUGUGAACAUUUUGAAAAAAAGUUGUCUAGGAGUCCUUCUCUGCAGCGCAAAAUGUCGCCUGCCGAAUGGUGAACGUGUUCAUUUGCGACCAGCCAUCUGUGACAAGGCAAGGAGAAAGCAGCAAGGAAAACAAUGUCCAAAUCGAAAUUGUACUGGACGAUUGGAAAUCCUUCCAUGUCGCGGUCACUGCGGCUAUCCUGUUACCCACUUCUGGCGACAGGCCGGCAAUGCAAUUUUCUUCCAAGCAAAAGGAACCCACGAUCAUCCCCAGCCAGAAGCUAAGGGAUCGAGCGAAGCCCGGCGUGCCUUAGGUGGCGGUCGCCGGAUUAGAAGUCUUGCGGUCAUGCUUGCCCGGGAUGCAGCUCUAAAUAACAAAUUAUGUACACUUCGCGGUACCAAACGCAACGCAAACUCUAUCCCGAAAACAGAUGAUUCUACAUUCAUAACCCCAAUUCAUAAGAAAAAAUGCAUUUGCACGGAAUCCAACUGUUCUUGUCCGAGCCAUAAUAAUAAUUAUGUGGGAUAUCCCACUGAAAUGGGAUUUUACGCAUGGAAUCCUAGUGAAAAUUACUUAUAUGCAACAGGGCACCAUGCCGGAGAACAGAUAUUUUCAGGAUAUGAUGAACAUUUUUCGAAUGGCACUCCAAACAAUGUGCAAGGCAUACAAUAUGUGAACCCCGCCAAUACUGGCUUCUCUUCCAUGCAAAAUACCUACUUUCAUCCAAAUGAUGUACAAACUGAUGUGAAGCCAACGGGGCCGUCGCUUCCAAGUUGUAUCUCUGAAAUAGAAAGCAACAAUGCUCAAAAUAGUAAGUGGUUUCCGGAACACUGCAAAUAUGAAAGUUGUGACGAUACAUCAAGUUUAACGAGUAGUUCGAGUAUCUACGAGGAAUUCUACUACGCCCCGAUUCAGCCUAAUCAUGGAACUGGUCAAUCAAAUCACGUACAACACUAUGCUCCGAACAACUGCAACUAUGAAUCUUUGGGAACCUACUUUGAACAGACCGACGGGAGUUGCGUUUACUCCACGGUCAACUCCUACGAAAAUUCUACUCCAGCUUCGAAUCACUCAGCACCAGCAGCGUCACCCCAUAACACCGAAGCCGUCCAAAAUUACUCCAACAGCGAACACCUCGAAAUGUACAAUGGAGCUCAAUUUCAGAUCAAUGGGAGCGCUAGUCCUGAUUUUUAUUACAGUAAUAGUGGAAAAGAUGUAUGGAAUAUUUCCGUUGAUGCACAGGCAUACCAACACACUUUCCAGAUACCAUCCUCGGAAAGUGUGGCAAACGUUUAUUAAGCCGCGGCAGUUCAAAGCCGGGCUUAGGAAAUAUAGGAUUUACCCAUAGACAAGUUACUUCACUGUGAAAAGACUGUAAAUAAUGCUAAAAGUAUAUUAGCUUAAGCUCGGUAUUAUCAGUAUGGUCGUUGCGUUGAAGAGGUUCUCCGUAGGUCCAUAGAACAUUUUCUUCAGAUACUUGUUAAAUUUUCGUUCGUUUCUAGUCACUAUUUUUCUAUUGAAUACAUAUGUUUUUCGAAAGUAAAACGAAUGUAACUAUUUCAAGGUUUUAUAAUAAUAAGAUUGUUACUAUUACGAAAGGUUUGUGAAGAUAUUUUUACUUCCGUGUUGAAUAUUUUGAUUGGAAGAAGAAAGAUAAAAAGGAUAAGAAUGCUUAGGAAUCCGGAGAAAGACAAUCGCGGAAUAUAUUUAUCACAAACUCCUUCCUUCCAUGUACAACUAGUAAUUUAUACAAUAGUUCAGAUCUAAGUUUUGUAGGAGGUCAAGUUUUUAAAGACUUAUUGUUUGAAAAU